GAACGAGGGAGGGAACGAGAGAAGAAGGGAGGGAGGGAGAGAGGGGGCGGGCCGGGCUGCGAGCUCCGCUCCGUUCGUUCCGCCGCCACCGUUGCCGCCUCACACACUCCAGGAGCCGAAGCUCGGCGCGGACGCGGAGCAGCCCGGGGCUGGUGCGCCUGGAGCUCGAGCCCAGUCCGCCUGAGCCGGAGCCGGAGCCCUAGCCCCGCCUGGAGCCGGCUCAUGGACAGCGGAGCCGGGAGCCGGCGCUGCCUCAAGGCGGCCCUCCCGACCCCGCUGCCUGCCAGGAUGGGGCCCCCACGGUCUAGCCUCGGCUCCUGGUGGAGGCUGUUGCUACCCCCCCUACUCCUGGCCCUACUGCUUGCACCUUCUCCAGGAGCUGCCACGAGGGUGGUGUAUAAGGUACAGGAGGAACAGCCACCCAACACACUCAUUGGGAGCCUGGCUGCCGACUACGGCUUUCCUGAUGUGGGACACCUGUAUAAGUUGGAAGUGGGUGCUCCAUAUCUUCGAGUGGAUGGCAAGACAGGCGACAUCUUCACUACAGAGACCUCCAUUGACCGAGAGGGACUUCGUGAAUGCCAGAAUCAGCUGCCCGGUGAGCCCUGCAUCCUAGAAUUUGAGGUGUCGAUCACAGACCUGGUUCAGAAUGGCAGCCCCCGACUCCUAGAGGGCCAGAUUGAAGUGCAGGACAUCAAUGACAACACACCCAACUUUGCCUCCCCGGUCAUCACACUGAUGAUUCCAGAGAACACCAUGGUGGGUGCCCUCUUUCCCAUCCCUUUGGCUUCUGACCGUGAUGCUGGCCCCAAUGGUGUAGCGUCCUAUGAGCUACAGGCAGGACCUGAGGCCCAGGAGCUCUUUGGUUUGCAAGUGGCUGAGGACCAAGAGGAGAAGCAGCCACAGCUCAUUGUCAUGGGCCACCUGGAUCGAGAACGCUGGGACUCUUAUGACCUGACUAUCAAGGUUCAAGAUGGGGGAAGCCCACCUCGGGCCAGCAGUGCCCUGCUCCGGGUCACUGUUCUGGACACCAAUGACAACGCACCCAAGUUUGAACGGCCUUCGUAUGAGGCAGAACUGUCUGAGAACAGCCCUGUGGGUCACUCUGUUAUCCAGGUGAAGGCCAACGACUCUGACCAGGGUGUAAAUGCAGAAAUAGACUACACGUUCCACCAGGCUCCCGAGGUUGUGCGACGGCUGCUUCGGCUGGACCGAGCCACGGGGUUGAUCACGGUCCAAGGCCCCAUAGACCGUGAGGAUGUGAGCGUCCUUCGCUUCUUUGUGAUGGCUAAGGAUCGAACGGCGAACCCCAAAAGUGCCCGUGCCCAAGUGGUGGUGACAGUGAAGGACAUGAAUGACAACGCCCCGUCCAUCGAGAUUCGGGGCAUCGGGCUGGUCACGCACCAGGAUGGCAUGGCCAACAUAUCGGAAGACGUGCCAGAGGAGACGGCAGUGGCCCUGGUGCAGGUGUCCGAUCGUGACGAGGGGGAGAAUGCGGUCGUCAUGUGUGUGGUGGCGGGUGAUGUCCCGUUCCAGCUGCGCCAGGCCAGCGAGACUGGAAGUGACAGCAAGAAGAAGUACUUCCUUCAGACCACCACGCCACUUGAUUACGAAAAGGUCAAGGACUACACCAUCCAGAUUGUGGCUGUGGACUCUGGCAACCCUCCCCUCUCCAGCACCAACUCCCUCAAGGUGCAGGUGAUUGACGUGAAUGACAAUGCCCCUGUCUUUACCCAGAGCCUCACUGAGGUUGCCUUCCCCGAGAAUAAUAAGCCUGGGGACCUGGUCACCGAGGUCAGUGCCAGUGAUGCUGACUCUGGCUCCAAUGCCCAGCUGGUCUACUCCCUGGAGCCCGAGCCAGCUGCCAAGGGCCUCUUCACUAUCUCCCCUGAGACGGGUGAGAUCUGGGUGAAGACGUCCCUUGAUCGAGAACAAAGGGAUAGCUAUGAGCUGAAGGUGGUGGCAGCCGACCAGGGCAACCCCAGCCUUCAGGGCACAGCCACAGUCCUCGUCAAUGUGUUGGAUUGUAAUGACAAUGACCCCAAGUUCAUGUUGAGUGGCUACAACUUCUCUGUGAUGGAGAACAUGCCGGCCCUAAGCCCUGUAGGCAUGGUGACUGUCAUUGAUGGGGACAAGGGUGAAAAUGCCCGUGUGCAGCUCACAGUCGAGCAAGACAAUGGUGACUUUGUCAUCCAGAACGGCACUGGUACCAUUCUCUCCAGUCUGAGCUUUGAUCGAGAGCAGAAAAGCACCUACACUUUCCAAUUAAAAGCGGUGGAUGGGGGUGUACCGCCCCGCUCAGCCUAUGUUGGGGUCACCAUCAACGUGCUAGAUGAAAAUGACAAUCCACCCUUUGUCACCGCCCCCUCCAACACCUCCCACAGACUGCUGACUCCUCAGACCCGGCCUGGUGAGACAGUUAGCCAGGUCACCGCCGAGGACAUUGACUCAGGCAUCAAUGCAGAGUUGGCCUACAUCAUUGCGGGUGGCAACCCUUACGGGCUGUUCCAGAUUGGGCAACAGUCUGGUGCCAUCACUCUGGAAAAGGAAAUUGAACGGCGUCAUCAUGGGCUCCACAGAUUGGUGGUGAAGGUCAGUGACCGUGGCAAGCCCUCUCGCCACGGCACUGCCCUGGUCCAUCUCUACGUCAAUGACACUAUAGCCAACCGAACCUUGUUGGAGAACUUGCUUGGCCAUAGCCUGGACACACCACUGGAUAUUGACAUAGCUGGUGAUCCAGAGUAUGAGCGCUCGAAGCAACGGGGCAACAUCCUGUUUGGUGUAGUGGCUGGUGUGGUAGCUGUGGCCUUGCUCAUUGCCUUGGCGGUGCUGGUGCGUUAUUGCCGCCAGCGGGAGGCAAAGAGUGGCUAUCAGGCUGGCAAGAAGGAGACCAAGGAUCUGUAUGCUCCCAAGCCAGGGGGCAAAGGAACCAAAGGUCCCAAGAGCAAGGGCAGAAAGAGCAAAUCACCCAAACCUGUGAAGCCUGUAGAAGAUGAAGAUGAUACUGGACUGCAGAAAUCUCUCAAAUUCAACCUGAUGAGCGAUGCCCCUGGCGAUAGUCCCCGCAUCCACCUGCCUCUCAACUACCCACCAGGCAGCCCAGAUUUGGGACGGCACUAUCGUUCCAAUUCGCCAUUGCCCUCCAUCCAACUACAGCCACAGUCUCCUUCGGCCUCCAAGAAGCACCAAGUGGUGCAAGAUUUGCCUCCUGCCAACACAUUCGUGGGCACUGGGGACACCACGUCCACGGGCUCGGAGCAGUAUUCAGACUACAGCUACCGUACCAACCCCCCCAAAUACCCCAGCAAGCAGUUACCUCACCGCCGUGUCACCUUUUCGGCGACUAGUCAGGCCCAGGAGCUGCAGGACCCAUCCCAGCAUAGUUACUAUGACAGUGGACUGGAGGAGUCAGAGACACCAUCCAGCAAGUCAUCCUCUGGCCCCCGGCUUGGGCCCCUAGCACUUCCUGAGGACCACUAUGAACGCACUACCCCUGAUGGCAGCAUAGGAGAGAUGGAGCAUCCUGAGAAUGACCUUCGACCCUUGCCCGAUGUAGCCAUGACGGGCACAUGCACGCGGGAGUGCAGCGAGUUUGGCCACUCGGACACAUGCUGGAUGCCUGGCCAGUCCUCCCCAAGCCGACGGUCUAAGAGCAGCGCCCUCAAACUCUCCACCUUCGUGCCUUACCAGGACCGAGGCGGGCAGGAGCCCGCAGGCGCCGGCAGCCCUAGCCCCCCGGAAGAAUGCAACACCAAAAUGGCCCCCGUCCGCCUGCUGCCCUCGUACAGUGCCUUCUCCAACAGUAGCCAUGAUUCCUGCAAGGACUCUACCUUGGAGGAGAUCCCUCUCACCCAGACCUCGGACUUCCCACCCGCGGCCACCCCCUCUGCCCAGACGGCCAAGCGUGAAAUCUACCUGUGAGCCCCAAGAGAGCCCCAGCCCACCUCCAGCCCCAGCCGGCCGGUAUCCCUCACCUGCCAAGAGGGUACCCAGGUAUCCCUAUCCCCGUCGGUCAGUCCUUGGGGUGAGCUGAUCCCAGGGUCCCUAACUCCCUACAUGUCAUCUCUCUUCCCUCUCCAGCCCUAGGCAUCCCCACACAGGUCCAGUCCCCACAGCCUGGGAAACCCAUUGCCCCGAAUGGGGACCAGGCCUUGGAUCCUCCAUGUUCCGCACCUCACCCGCAUCCCUCUCUCCCCGGGCUGCCCACCUUGGGGAGCAGAAGCAACUGCAGAGCUGGGGUCCUGGCUGGGUCGCUUUCCAGUGACUUAAAUUCCCUCCCCCAAACUUCCAGGGGACUUACCCCAUCACUUCCAGGGGGGAAGGGAAGCCAAGGGCCACAUACCCUUAACAAAUCCAUUAUCUCCUUGGUGGCUGGUAGGGUGGGGGAAAGUCAGGGCAUCACCAUCAGAGCUCUGAUAUCAGGGUAGGGGGUACCCCCUCUCUGGGAAUUUCCACAAGAGGGGACACUUGGGGGGAAUAGGGCCUGGGAAGUGGGGGGGCCUCAAAGGGCUUUAGUUACCAAAGGUGGGGUUGGGGGGGUGGGCAAUGGAAAUGGUGGGAGGGCUCCCUCUCUCAUGCAGCCCUUAGGCUGCCUGCCUGCCCCAUUCCCUCCUCCCAGCCCUACCCCCCAUUCCCAUCCCUGCUGGUCAUGCAGCAUCUGUACAUAUGGACCUUGGACCUUGGAAUGAUGUUCCCAUUUCUGCCUGAUUUGCAACUUUUCUUGUUGUUGUUGUCUUUGGUCUAGGAACCCCCUGGGGGUGGGGGGCCUGCCUGUUGCCCCCCCCCUCCCCAGCCGCAGUGCCCCUCCUCUCCCUGGCCCUAUUGUUCCAUGUUGUAAAUACUCCUGGGGCCAUGGGGGAUGAGGGUGGAGCUGGAAAGGGAGGGGGAGGGGAAGGGGAGGGGGGGGGACACACUGGCCUAUCAGCAGAGCUGGGCUUUUAUUUAAUUUUUUUUAAUACAAAUCUCUAUUUUUUUGGAACUGUUGCGCUGUGCCCUGGAAGGGGGGUGGGUGGGCGGAGGCAGCUGAGGUUGUCCCCCACACCCUCUGCUUCCAGAUAGGUGUCACUUGAGGAGUCCCCUAGCCUGGGAGGGUGGGGACAGCUGGAAGGUGAGAGGUGGGGGGAGGGGGUGCAGAUAACCUAGUUAGGCAGUUUGGGGUAAGGAAAGGUUUGCUCAGGGGUGGGGGAAGGGCUGAUCCUGGGCUGCCCACUGUCCCCAGCUUGGAGGGGAAGGUUCCAUGCCCUAUUUCCACUCCCCCUCCCCCUCCAAAAAAAACAAAGCCCCUGCCAUGACUCUAACCUAUCAGCCUGUAAAACCAUCAUUGCCUUUGAUCUCAGGGGGCUGAAAGAGCUGCCUGAGUCCCAGGGCUCCCCUUCCCCUUCUUGCUGGGCUCCCUGGGCUCCCCUUUGCCAUGGUCACAGGACAGCCUCGGAAAAUGGGGUGGGGAUGGAGCAACCUAAACAGCCAUGGCAGUUGCCCCUCUGCCACUCUAGGUGGGCUGGGCUAGGAGGGAGCUCUCUCCAGAACCCAUUUUCCAUUAUCAACGUAAGGAGGCCCUUUGCUCUUUUUCCCUCCACAGAACCCUUUUCCAGUUUCCUCUUCAUCCCCUCCCUACUUUAGCCCAGCCUGCCAUACCCCUAUUCCCCAGGGGCCUAGGUUGGGGGGGUGCGAUGAAAACUCAGGGUGGGGACCCUGGACUUAGCUUGGCCAUGGGCUUGGGACUCAAGGGAUGCAUUUUGUGGAAGAGGUAUGGGCUGCAGGAUGGUCCUGUGCCUUUGGGGGCCGUGCUGCUAGGGCUGGGACCGAAUUCCCAUUGCAUGCCUUGCCCAUUCCUCCCUCCAUAGAAGCUCACCCUAGUAAAAGCCAAAAGGCUGAGGAUCUGCCCUGCUCUCUGCUCCUCACCCUCAAGUGUCCAUCACUCAUCUUGGGUAAUGGUGAUGGGGAAAGAGGGCUCUCUCCUUGUCCUUUAAGGCUGGGGAGAGGCAGGUGGAGUUACCCCUUGCAAACACACUUCUCAGGAGGACAGGGUAGAGGGUUGAAAGUGGGUAGAGCUCAACUGAAUAGUUAGCUAUGGGGUCAGUCUAUUCCUUCAGGCUUAUGACUUAGGGCCCAAUGGGUGGGAUAGGGAAGAGGGAGAGAAAGAUUGAGGGGUCUACCCCUUCCCUUCUCCUUGCACAGCCGGGCAGGUGCAAUAGUGGAUGUCAGAGUGAAGGGUGGACGUUCAUAACCUGGGGGGAGAGGAUCCUCCUGGGGAUAGUGGUCUGUGACCUCCAGGGCUCUUAGGGAAUUUGGACCUGGUGGGGUGGAAGAUACAGUUUUAAUCAGAAUGAGCACCUUGGUAGGGGUGAAAAGGAAUGAUAGUCUAGGAGACAUUCAGGCCAGAAUACAGGGGAGACCUCAAAUGAAUCCUAGGGACCCUGCUUCCCCUAUGCAGGAGUCUCUUACUUGAGUCUUAGGAGACCCUGUCUACUGGUUACUUUACCUGUGUCCUAGGGAACCCCUCCUAUUAGGGACCCUGCUUAGGUUCUAAGGAAUCCCUCUAUCAAGGACUCUCUUGAUCUUAGGGAAUCCCUCUUUCCUGGGAACUCUGCUUGUCUUAGGUAAUCCUUCUGAAUUGGGGACUGCCUUGAUCUUAGGGAGCCCCUUUGUAUUGAGAACCCCAUCUUGGUUCUGGGAGUUCCCUUUCUUUGGGUACUUUCCAGUCUUUAGGGCACUGGGUACCCUAUUUGGUCCAGAGAAUCCUCUGGGCAUUGAGGGGAAAAGGAAUAUUUUGCACAAUUGUUAAGCCAGAAAGAAAGGGGUUGGUCCCCCCACCAGGGCAGACAAGCACAGAGUAGGAGCCAUCCUCAUGCAGGGAAGGGGCCAGAACCCCUAGCUCUCUGGUAGGGGAUGGGGCACUAGGUCUGCCACUGCUCUGGGGCAACCUGAGAGGUAAAACCAAAGGUGGGUGGGGUGGGGAGGGGGGUGGGAGCUGAAGGUAGUGCCCUGUGCAGACCUUCAGCAUUGGUCCUUGUUCCAUGGAGCCUCCCCAAUGCCUUGUCUUGUGUACAGAUUUAUGUAGGAACAGGUGGAGUUUGAUCAGAUGAUAAGAAAUGGAGAACCCACCCAAUCUGGCAUGACUUCUUUCCUCACAAGGGAGGGGAGCUGAUGUGUCUCUUCCCUGAGGAUCUCUGAGGCAUGACCUGGGAAUGGUGGUGGGAAGGAGAGAAGAAAGAAAGGUCUUUGGGGGCAUACCACUUCCUCAGAGAUUGUCUCUGGGGGCAUUUCUCCCUGAAGAAUUUUUGGGCUCAUUUCUCCCUCAGGAGGGGAUACUUCACCCCUUUGGGGCCCCUGGGGGCAUGUCUUCUCUUGAAGGGAUGGGAAUCUCAGGCAUGUCUCCUCGGGAAAGGGGAGAACCCUAUGACAAUGCCUCUUCCCUGUAGAAUCUUUGGGCUCGUCUCUUCCUGGGGGGGAGGGUGGCGGUAUGGAUCUCUCCUCCUUGGAAGGUGUGAGAGUCUAUGGGCAUGCCUCUUUGGGGACUGUCUUGAGCAUGUCUCUCCCCUUGAGUGUGUAUGUGGAGCAUGUCUCUCCCCUGGAAGGGGGGGGGGGGGUUCUGGAGAAUGUCUUCCUCUCUCCGAGAAAUCCUCCUGGGAGGGUUCUCUGAGGCACGUUUUCCCCCUAGGCUCCAGGGGGGUACUUUUCUUCCCUAGGGAAUUUCUCUUCCCCCUCUGGGGUGGGUGAGCAGGUGGGCGGACCUAUGGAGCCUCUUUCUUCUGAGUUAUCUCUAAAAAUGUGUCUCUCCCUUAGGGAAUCUCUGAGGAGUAAUUUCCUCUUGGGGUUAGGGAGAGAUGUCUCAGAACGGUGGGGGCGAGAGUAGACCUAGUAUUUGGUCACAAGAUGGUUUCUAAGGGUGGGGGGAGUGUCUCCAUGUGGGGUUUCUCUGGGAAGAGGAGGACUGUGUCACUCCUUGGGGGAUUCUGGAAGGCUGGGGGGAGGGGGUCGUGUCUCUGCCCGUGGGGGGAGGGUUGAGAGGGGAAGGGGAGACUGUGUCUCCCCUUCGGGGUUUAGUGGGGGGGGUGGGGUUUGUCUCUUAACUGAGGCAUCUGGGGAGGGGGUGAACUGGGGCGUGUCUGGACGCCUACACUGGGGUCGUGUUUUAUUGGUCUGUGCCGCUUCCCAUCGCCUCGCUUCCCCGGGAAGGGCCCCUCCUCCCCAAAUCCCAGCCCCAACCCCGGCGCUGCGAGCACAAUCCCGUUGAUUUGUAAUGAUUUCUCUCUACGUCUCUCUGUCUUUCUUUCUCUGCCCCCUUUGCACCACGCACCUCAUCCCCUCAACCCCGCGCCUCGAGCAUGCGCAGGCACCACCCUCUCCUCCUCCCCACUCCGGUUCGGUUCGUUUCCGGUUUGUUUGCUGAGCUGUCAAAGAAGAGACCUGUGUAAUUAUUCCUAAGCUUUACAAUAAAAGUGUGAAAACCGGA